CUUUCACGUUAUACUUAUGACACACAUGUGAUACAAGAAUCACUGUACAAUUGCGCUUGAAAUGAGUGCCAUACUGAAAAUUCUCUCAGUUCAAGUCAGUCUUGUCAAAAUUUUCUUGACACUGCGUACCGUUGUACAGGAAUCACACUCGUAUCACAUGUCUGUCCGGGGUAUUACAAUCGAGCAGGUAAUGCCAAUUUGCUAGCACUGUAUCCGACAAUACUUUUUUUUAUUUAUCUAGGUACGCUACCUGCACCGGACCACUCUGAAGCAAAGCGAAAAGAACGAUAAUCUGUAACUGAAAAAUGUUCCAAACAAUACAGUUUUAUCCGUUUUGUCGGAUACAGAUGAUCCCAAGUGGAGAUCAGUACGCAUCAGAUCAUCGAGUAGAUAACAACGGUUUGCGAUCCUCCAGGAGAUAAUCAUCUAGUACAGAUCAUGUUGGCGGCAAAGACACAAGAAACAAUCCGUUUCCGAAGAUCACCCCCAAUGGAUAACGUGCUUGUGGGUGGUACUUUUAAUUUCCGUUUGGGCGGUAGAAGUGAUCGCGAUCGUACAUGCUAUUGCUUCCGAAGGAUUAAUCUUCUGUUGAUGGUGUUUCGUUUGAUUUGUUUUGUGUGCUACAAUCUAUUUCGCGGAGCAUUGUGGCAGUAUCUCGUUGUUUUGGAUGCGGUGCAACGUUGUAAUCAGCUGAGGAAAAAUCGUGAACGAGGAGGGCCGCCAAAAAGACCACUUGGCGAUACAAAUCAAUGUAGUGAUAAGGAGCUUUUAGAAGAGGAAGAAGAGAAUAUGAACGACAUGUCAUAUGACAAUUCAUGGAUUGAAAUGGACGAUUUUUCUUUGAGCAAUAAGGGAAUAACUUCGAAUCAUUCAUUUUUUGUUGAAGAUAGCGAUGAAAAUACAUCAAGUGACAAAGCAGGUGACAAUGAGCUUUUUGUAUCCUACAAUGAAAAUACGGACAACGAUCACGACUGUGAAAACGAUGAUUAUGACGCUAUGAUACAGUACACCAGUGAGACCGAUCCCCUAGAACGAGUUCUACGUCCAUUCGAGAUUGAUUGGGACGCUCCUCUCCAUGAUGAGCAAUCUGAUGAUGAGACAAUCGAAGAUGAAUCAUUCUGUGAUGAAGAAGAGUUUUUCAUUGAUGAUGAUUGUCACAUUUCGAAAGUGGACAAUUACGACGAGUUUGGGUUUUGGACUCAAGAAGAUCUGUACGGAUUGUCUCUGGAAGUUCCGUCAGAUGGCAAAUCGGAAAUUUCCAGUAGAUCUAUUGGCUGCUUUCUGCCAUCGGUACACUCACUUGAAAGCAAGUUCGGUGCACUACCGAUGCUUGACGACGAUGUUUUGGCAGCGAUUACUGGUGUAAAUGCUUCAACAGUUAGUUUUCCAAGGGAAAAUUUCUAAACUUUCUCAAAAUUCUACUCGCAAACGAAUAAGAAAGUAGCUGAAAGAAAAAUACAUACUCAGAUGUGUAUAUAUAAGCUAAUAAUACAAACAAAAUGGCUGUGUGAAAUAUUAUUUAUGAAACUUUUAAAAUGUGAUUGAUAAUGUAGUUUAGUUUAUAAAUAGUAAAUAAUUUAUAUAAAUGAAUAAUAAAGAAAAUAUUUUAAUGAUCGCCUUUUUGCAUUAUCACCUCCUUUUACUUUGGACAUUUCUUUCCAA